AUGGGUGAAAAUUCUCCUGUUGUUGCUCAGGCAUCGAAUGUCUAUUUAUUUAAAAAUGGUUACGGUAUGAUUGUAAAGACAUUCGAGUUGCCACCAAAUAAAAAUGACGGAAAGUGUUUGGAAAUAGUCGAUCCACCAUUGGCACCUGUUCAUGGCACAUUUUGGAUACAAACGACACCUAAUGUUUCGGUGUAUUCAAUUAGUACGAAAAAGACACAAAAAUCAGAGGAUAAGAAGUGUGUCAACAUCGAAGAAUUGGUGGAGGCAAAUAUUGGAGAAAAUGUUGAAUUACUAACAACGGGUCUCGAAUCAAUCGGGACACCUCAAUGGAUAACUGGUACAAUAAAAUCUACUCAAAAAUAUGACGAAAACAUGACAAAGACAACCAGCAGUGUAUUUGGAAGAACAGCAGCAGUAUCACCGCAUGGUCAUUUAGUAUUUUUCGAAGGUCCUGGUGAUCGAGGUCUUAUGGCCGUGCCAAUGUCUUAUAUUCUCUCUAUUCGUUCACCUAAUCUAAAAACAAAUUAUCAGCGGAAAAUCGACACAAAUUGUCUUUCCAUUGACUACAAAAAUGACACGGAUACAAAUGGUCACGGCUUAAUGAAAUAUCUUACAUUUGGUAUUACAUGGGCACCAUCAUACAACAUCAAUCUGAUUACGUCAUCUGACAACAGUGUUAAACUACUUCGUUUAUCAUCAAAAUGUGUUGUGCUGAAUGAUAUUGAAAAUAUCCAAAUCGAUCAAUUGUCGUGCAUCGUCGGGCAUCCGAACAUGUCGAAAUUUGUCAGUGUAAUCGAUCCAUUGAUGGGUACACAAACGGUGCAACAAUUUCUUGACCAAUUGAGCGGAUGCGAAACAAGUGUUGUUAGUCGAGCCGUUAAUUACGCAUCACAAAUCACGUCUAAUUCGAUCAUGACACAACAAGCAUAUUUUCCUCCAAGGAUCCCAAAACCACAAAGGAGUAUUAGUGAUAACGAAGACGCGACGGAUGGUGCUGAUGUGGUUGCAGUAGAUGAUUUGCAUUUGUAUGAAUUUAAAAAUAUUUUAUUACAAGAGAAAGAGAGAAUUUUAUUACCGAUAUUUGAUAUUGAAGUACCGUAUAAAGAUGUUUAUCAUUGUAAAAUUGAUCCAAACCAACAACAAUAUCGAUCAUCCCCAUCUAUGAAUUAUGCUGAUGAACAAAAACAAAAUGCAGAAGUUUGGCAUAGUGUCGAGUUCGACAAUAAAUCCAAUUAUAUAUUAACAACAGCGCCUGUAUUAAUCACACGCGACGAUCAGCAAUUUAUCGGUCAAGACACACUGACUUAUACACUCAAAAAUUCUUCAACGUUUGUCAAUUUAACAAAAGCAUUGGACAUCCGGGUGACAUUUGAUGAAAAAGUAAACGGAGCUGCUAGUGGUAGUGGUAGUCGACUUUCAAUGUUAAAAGUAAAUUAUAUAAAGGAAAUAUUAGAUGGUAUCAUCACCGUGAUAAACUAUAAAUUUGAACCGGUAACUGUGGUCAUUAAAAUUCAACUUCACGGCCAGUUGUCAAACUUUUCAUUGAAACCAAAGAUCGAUGCUGUUAAAAGUGGUCCAGUAAUUGCAAAUGCAAUGCACGAUUUAAGAUGGGAAGUACAAGUUGAUCCACAACAAACACUAGACAUUAAAUAUUCAAGAACUUUUAAUCGACGACAAUAG